AUGUCAACUUGGAUUAAUUCGACGACUUCCUGUGCUUCAAUUUUUACACUGGUUGCCGUUACAGCGGAUCGUUACUUAGCGAUCUGUCAUACGAUGAAAUAUGCUGUAUGGGAUUCCCGACGGACACUUUAUGUGAUUGCUGGAAUAUGGUUGCUCAGUGGGAUUCUUGCUGCACCAACUUUGGCUAUCUAUGAUCAGAUAUUAUUUACAUUGGAUCCACCAAAUGGUACUUUGGUGGCACGCCUAUGUAUUGCAACACAAGAUGAAACAAUAAAUUUUAUUAUUGUCAACUUACUACUUGCAUUUACUAUUCCAUUCACUUUGAUAUCAGCGCUUUAUACACGUAUCUUCAUUACUGUAUCCAAUCAUCGUAGUUUGGCUGUGAAUGCUAAGAUUCGUGAUGAACGUGUCAAGUUACGAGUUGCCCAAAUGAUGUUUACAGUUAUUAUUGUUUUUGCAUUAUGCUGGCUACCUUUACAUGGAAUAUACUCCUAUUUUUUCCUGGCGAAGGAUUACAAUACAUCAACAUUUCAAUUUGCAUCCCAGGUACUACGUCCAAUUUUCCAGUGGUUAUCGCUGUUAUCAUCAUCGUUAAAUCCUCUUAUCUACAUUGUCUACAGUCAGAAAUAUCGACGCGCAUUUCGUCAACUUCUCAUCCUACCAUGUCGUCAACGGUAUGAACAAACACGAAGUGUAACGCAAAGUACUCAAAGGUCACGGCUAAAAUCACAUUCACCUGAGGAGAUGUUAUAUUGUAGACAAUUCAAUGGGCGCACUAAAUCAACAUGUGAUAUCAUCACCUUACCAUCAAUUAUCAUCUUUUCAACGCUGGACAUACCAUCUUCUCGUUCACAAUGUAUCUGUAAUCAUAUCACCACUUCCCUUUAA